AUGUCCGGUACCGAGCAGACUUUCCACUACACCAAGGAGGACGUCCGUAAGAUGGAGCAGCGUGACUCUGCUGCCCACGGCGGUAACGUCGCUGCCGACUCUAACGCCGCUGCCAUGCAGUCCAUCGUUGACCAGGCCGACAAGAACAAGGCUGAGCUUAUCGAGGAGCGCCGCAGCAACCUUCCCCUGCCCGACCAGCCUCCUGCCAAGUCCGACUUCAACUCCGCCGAUGCCAGCACCGUCAACGUCGGCUCUGGUGGUGUCUCCGACACUUUCUCCCACGGCAACGAUGCUCUCCGUGAGCCCGCCACUGGCGACAGCACUGCCAGAAGCGCUGAUGCCACUCUUGGCCAGGGCGUUGGCCGUGAGGGCAAGGAUGGCCUCUCUGGUAUCCCCAACGAUGCCGUUACCCGUGAGGCCAAGGGCAAGUCUGGUCUUGCCGACACUACCGGCCAGGACUACGGCUACCCCAAGAACGACCCCUCCAACGCCUCGUAA